AGGUAAAGUUAAUAUAAUUAUAAUAAUAUUAUAUGAUAUAUCACAUAAUAGCGAUGUACACUUAGAAACACUAUCGAUCUCCGAGAGACUUGCAUCACUCGAAUCAGUUCGAUUCCACGACGACACACUUCCCGAUCAAAUUCCUCGAGCUCUCUCGCCAACCUCCGUCGUGGUCACUGAUCGUCUAACGGACUAAUGUAUGCCAAACUCACUCAGUCACACGACAAAGUGCUUUUAGUCUGUAAGGAAUGAAAGAGAAACGCGUCACACUCCCUCGCAAAACGGCACAGCCUCGCGUUAUGUCUCGCUUCUCCCGCGUUCGCCUUCCUCGCCCCGUACUCUGGAGAAUGUCUCUCGUAUCCAGCUAACCUGCGUCUCCGCGAUCAGUACCCGGAGCUUCCGUUUCGGCUCUCAAUUCAAUCCAAAAUGACGGGCGGAGCUGGUCGUUGCCAGUUUUGUCACCAGCAGCAGCCGCACGCUAUGCACUCGUCGUCGUGCUGCCAAUCGGAGCACCGUUGCCAGUUCGAUCCUGGCCACGACGAGCCGAGGAGGAGUUACCCUUGCCACAAGUGCGGUAACGUUUUCACGCGUAAGAACAAUCUGUACAAUCACCUCAAGUUCCAGUGCGGACAGUUGCCUAGGUUCAACUGUCCGUACUGCUCGUACCGCACCCGGCACUCGUCGAACGUGCGGUCCCACGUGCGCAGGAUGCACCCCGGCCAGAGAGUGUUCGUCCUGGACGUGAGGGGCAAACAGGAAAGCCAGCAGCAAUGGGUAUCCUAGGCGAGGAGGAGGAUCUUUGUGAAAUUUGGGCUCUGAAUAUUACAGGAUGGAUCAGUGGUGUGGAAGUAAAAAUUGGACGUGUGCAUUAAAAUUUGAUUCUAGGUAGUUGAUUGUUGGAUUAUAAUUAACUAUGGUUAGUCAUGCGAAGUAGCAUGCUAUUGAUUGAGAAGUUUUCUCCUAGUUUUAAGUAAAUUAUUGAACAGACUUAAGGCGCUUUCUUUUCUAUCUUCUUAAUAAUGUUGUGGCAUGUUGCAAUACUUUUUUAUUUGAUUAUUGUAUUGCGCCGUGGUCACCUUUUUGUGUAUUGUAACACUGAUACAUAUCAUGCAAUCUUUCCAAAUUGAUUUUUCUGAAGACAUUAUUACAGGAAAAGAUUGUGUUACGUGUUUUCGAGUCACGUUGCUUUCUGUCUCGAAUCACCACGUUUCACCCUGCGCGUCAUCCCUAUGGAGUUGAGAAUAUAGACUCUGAAUUCUGUGGUGUCUGAAAAUUGCGUUCACAGAAACGAUGGAAAAGUGCAGCUGUGCUUCUCUACUAGGCUACCGAAACCACCCCGUUUCUCGAAAGUGUAGUCACUUAAGUCAAUAAAAACUCUAAGUGUUCGUGAGUCUUCCUCUUGAUGUUAGAUCUUUUCUAACUCCAUUUUCCUCCGGCUUGUGUCUGUCAAGUGUAGCGUAAGAAAGUAUUAGUAUUAAACAGUUGUCUACUAGAGAGGCAUCGCUGUUCCUCGAAACUACAAAAUAUUUAGUGAAUUCGUCGUUGAAAGACUAUAACCGCGAUAUAGGUAGUUACCGUAAUCUGUAACGAUCGUAAGUCGACCUUAGAUUCCGUACUUUGUACAGAAACAUGUAAUUCAGAUGAUAUUUUAUUAUUAAACGUGUCUUGAGUAAACAGUACAA